AUGUCUUUCUCACUCGCUAUUCGCCGUUCAAUUCUCUCUGUCCCAAUUCGGGGCGCUAUCCGGCAACUCUCUACAACCCGGUCCCUGCGCCAACCGGACGAUAAGCCUAUGCCAUUCUCCAACUCCCCGGCUCCCCCACGCCUCCCUAAGGAGGAACAAGAGAUCUUUGAGAAGCUCCAGAAGCAAUCAACUGGUGCAUUCAGCACACCUCAGGUCAACCAGUCCCCGCAGGGUGAGAUCCAAGCCGACGGCAAAGGUGGCGAGCUGCACCCCGAUGCGCCGAAGGGACUGAAGCCCGAAUUCGAGGGCGAGACGAACCCCAAGACUGGGGAGGUCGGUGGACCCAAGAAUGAGCCCCUCCGCUGGGGAUCUGCUGGUGACUGGAGCUACGGAGGUCGCGUCACUGAUUUCUAA